AUCUGCAGAAUGUGUAUUCUUACUUUCAGAGUUGGUAAUUAUUGAAAAUACAAACUAAUUUGAUAAUUUCAACUCCUUAAAUAAUUAAAGUUAUCUACUCUGAUGGUGGAUUGUUGUCUAAAUUAGCUCCAAUUUUGUGAAUUUAAUUGAAUGUUUUCCCGUUUCGUGUUUUGCUGACAUGUUGGCUCAUGUUGUGUGAAAUGUUUCAUUGUGGGCUCAUUUUAAGAAGCCUAGAGAAUCACAAGGCGGUGCAGGAAUGUAGCUUUAGGCCAGGUUUAUUCCAGUUUAUAAUGAGCCUCUUGUUUUCUCUCUGUGUUGUUUUUUUCUGCUGAUAAAGCUCUGCGAAGGUGUUUUUCCGUUUUCCCUCGUCUUCUCAGCCAGAAGAGGAGGAAAUGAACGCAGCUGCGUGACUUUUCUCCUCACUCCUCCUUUUGUUUCCCUUUUUAUCACUUCUGCUCUGAGCAGAAUGUGAAAUGUUUCGUUUUAGUUUGUUUUGUCUAAAUUUAGGCCGGCGGCACCAGGUGUGCUGACAGAAACAGGAAGUAGGGAGGUUCUUUGAAAUCGAAAAUGAAAUGUUUCAAUCUCCUCUACGUGCUGUUAUGGAAAUAUGACGGUUUACAUGAUUAAAACCUGCUAGAAAAGCCUCCGCCAUGUCUCCACCCGGCCGUUCGCUCUGACCGAUUCACCGACGCCGGGCUGGAGAUGAGUUUAACGCAGUGGCUGAGCGUUUCCAGGAGGCGGCGCUGCUGAGACGGGAGUGAUCGGGUUUCUGCCGCCGCCAUGGACGAGUUCUCGACCCGGACCUACGGCACCAGCGGCCUGGAUAACCGACCUCUGUUCGGAGAGACGUCGGCUCGGGAUCGGAUCAUCAACAUGGUCGUCGGAGGCUUCACGUCUGUGGUGGUUCUGGUAACCGUGAUCGGCUCCUUCGUGUUCCCCUCGUUGCCUCCGCGGCCGCUCAACAUCUUCUUUGCCGUCUGCAUCCUGCUGGCGUGCGGCUCCACCAUCGUGCUGAUAUUCUGGUACCGGCAGGGCGACCUGGAGCCCAAAUUCAGGAAGCUGAUCUACUACAUGCUGGCCACCAUCGUGCUGCUGUGUUUAUGUGCCAACCUUUACUUCUUCGACGUCAGGUAGAGGAAGAGGAGGAGGAAGAGGAGCCAUCAUGGCGUUGACUGACAGAGGGAGGUCCAACGUGGAUGAGUGGACCGAGACGGGACCAAAAACACGGAGGGUUAAAGUUCCCGGGGUCAGAGUUCAGACGGCAGAACUCAAACAGAAUCGUUUACAUCCUGAUGAAUCCUGACCCUCCAGCGGGAUCCAACUUGUGUUUCUGUGAUUGGAAAUAAAGAUCUGAACACAUUUAUUCCUCCACCGGGGGCGCCAGAGAGUCACAGUGAUUCAAAACCACAGAAUGAAAGUUGAACAUUGAAGUUCAAACAUGUUCCAGUUUAGCUUCCUGUCGGCCGAUUUGAGGCUGAAACUGGAAACCUCUGACCUCUGAAUUUGGAUUAAAAGGACGUCAAAUCCCACGGUGCGUUCAGGGGCGGCUCCACGGUCAGGAAUUCAAAGCUUCUUUUAGUUUACUAGUCAUAACGAGGAGAUUUUUCACGUUAAACCGGGAUCAAGUGAAGCUGUUUCUGCUUUUUUACUAGAUGCUUGCAAGCUGGGCGAUUAAUCCGAUUUUUGAUUUGUGAGGAUUUUGAAAAAUCUGGAUUUUUGUCCACCAAUUCUCUCCGUAAUUCAGAGUGAUGUCAGCACACCCAGGGCGGCCAUUUUGCUUUACUAUUAUGAGAAUAGACGCAACAAUAACAGAAUAAAGUUGUAAUAUUACCAGAAUAAAGUCUAUUAAAUAAUAAAUAGAAAUGCCAAAUCUUUUAACACAUUAAUUAUCAGUAGUUGGACUUUAAAACUGUCAUGGAAACGACUGAAUUUGUCAAAGAAAAAUCUACAAAAUCCGACUUUGUUACUUUGGAUCCUGACUUUUUUCUCAUAAUUUAGGUUUUUCUGGUAAAAUUGCGUCUUUAUUCUGAUGAUAUUACGACUUUAUUCUUGUAAUUAAACAUAUUCUAGUAGCCUGGGCGUAUAACUCACAGACGGAUUCAAAUAAAAACCACAAAAUCUGAUCCGGUAUGAAAAAGUUACAUUUUAAUCUGUAUCAUAUCACCCAGCCCGAACUGAAAUAAUCUGCUCCGUUAAUCCCGCUGGUGUUAAAUCUGAGCUGGACUCGUUACGCAUCGUUAGUCUGCCCAGAGCCGAACGGAAACUAGAAUCAGGGUUUCUGUUCCUUAAAACUGGAAAAUAAAAUCAGAGGAAAGUCGAUUUUAGGUUCAACAUACAGAAAUUCACAGUUUUCCCUCCAUUUUGUCACUUUAAUGUGUUUUAUUGUAAUUUUAUAAAGUAACAGCCUGAAUAAAAUCAGUCAACUGGC